GCGUCGACGAGCACAUCCCCGACGACAUGGCCGACUCUAUUAGCAAUGGCUUCAAGCCCCUCCCCCUCACCGCUCUCGGCGAGUACACAGUAACACAGGAGAUCGCGGAGGGAACGUUCGGAAAAGUCAAGAUGGCCACGCACAAGUUGACGGGUCAUAAGGUCGCCAUGAAGUUCAUCUCAAAACAGGUCAUUCAGCAGACAAGGACGAAAAACAGAGUCCAGCGCGAGGUCGAAUAUAUGCGUACUCUACGGCACCCACAUAUUAUCAAGCUAUACGAAGUCAUCUCGACAGACACAGAUAUUGUCAUUGUCCUCGAAUAUGCCGGCGGAGAACUGUUCAAUUACAUUGUCGAGAAUGGACGCAUGCCAGAGCCCCAGGCACGGCGAUUCUUUCAGCAGCUCAUCUCCGGGAUCGAGUACAGUCACAAGCUGAAGAUCGUCCACCGAGAUCUCAAGCCGGAGAACGUGCUUCUCGAUGAUGACCUCAACGUCAAGAUUGCUGACUUCGGUCUGUCCAACGAGAUCAAGGACGGCGACUUCCUCAAAACCAGCUGUGGCAGCCCGAACUAUGCAGCACCAGAAGUCAUCCGUGGGGGACUAUACACGGGACCGGAGAUCGAUGUCUGGAGCUGUGGUGUUAUCCUCUAUGUCAUGCUUUGUGGACGAUUGCCAUUUGAAGACGACGAUGUCCAGACGCUCUUCACGAAAAUUAGCCAGGGACAAUACCACAUGCCGUCCUCUCUGUCUCCUGAUGCUCGUCACCUCAUCAAUCAAAUGCUCGCCGUGGAUCCCGUCCGACGCAUUACCGUCCAGGAAAUCACACAACACCCGUUCUACACGACCGACCUCCCCAGAUACCUUCAACCUCUACCACCUCCACCAGGACCUGUCCUUGGCUCAUUAUCAUCACUCGUCGUUCCCGCCAAACCUCUUGACUUCGAGAUCAUCGACGGCCUGGGCAGAAUAGAGGAUGAUGUAGUUGAGGAGCUGGCAUCGAAGAUCGAGGGCGUGGACAAGGAAGACGUUUGGGAGUGUUUGAGGCGAGACGAUGGUUCACAAGGGAAUGCGGUCAAGGUGGCAUACAUGCUUUUGAGAGACAAGCGGAGGCUAGGCCGAGAUUUGGCGGCUUUCGAGGAGCAAGAACGGGAGGCACAGGUCGCUGCUAUGGAUCCUCGAAACGUCGUUUCUCCUGGCGCCAUUUCACCGGGUGGAGGGGAGAACAAGGAGAACCCGUUCGAAACCGAGUUCAACGAGUACGAAGACGACGACGAAGAUGAAAUAGACGACGGCCUCGACUUCUCCACGCCACAAGAACACCAAGCCGAGAUCAACAACUUCGCCGUCCUGAACUCAUCACUGCCCGACCAAUUCCCUGAACAGCACCAUCUCGCCUCCUAUGCCUCCGCGAAACGGUCGGGUACGCCGAAGGAGAAGAAACAACACCGGACGAAAUGGCACUUUGGCAUUCGGAGUCGGUCGCCGCCGAUGGAGGUGAUGUUAGAGAUCUAUAGGACGUUGAAGACACUGGGGAUGGAGUGGAAGGAGAAGGAGACGUUGGGUGGUUUGGGGAUGGCGAGUCUCCAAGGGAAGAAGAAGGGCUCGAAGAUGGAGAGAGCCCGAGAGUAUGAUGGUGAUCAUGUUGACCUGAAGGCUGCCGCAUCGAUCUACUUCGUAGAGACGCGGAUCCGAGUCAACGACGUUGUAGUCAUGAUGAACUUGCAACUGUACAUGGUGGACUCGAUCAACUACUUGGUCGACUUCCACCACAAACGAUCGUACAAAGCCUCAACAGACCCAGGCGCAAGCAAGUUCGAUAUGGCAGUCCCGGACACCACGUCUGAGGCAGGGUCAGAGAGGGAGGUCAAGGAGGACGAGAUCGUCUCGCCGUUCAUCUUCAUGGACGUCGCCUGUCGACUCAUCCUAGAGCUCGCUGGCGGCGGGGAACAAUGAUUUCCUCCCAGUCACAUAUACACACUACGAUCUCGGGUCUUCCUCCAUCUCAUAUCAUCUCAACGCUUGACCUUCGCAUUGCUUGCUUUCAUGCUCGAUCUAUAAAGGCGAAACCCACGACGACGACUAGAUGUAUGCUGGGCGUCAAGGCGAAGUUUCAAUUCUGAUGUAUUUGUUUCUUUCUUGGCUCUUUGCGUUAUCGCAUCACUCUUUCCUUCUACCUUUUUCGAUUUGAUUUGAUUUUUAUCCCACAGUACUAGUUAUGCUUGUUGUGCUUGCUAUCCAUGUUUGCUGAUUAGCGUCCUCCGUCUGCUUGCUUGUUGUCCUUUGUAUCUUUAUAUUUCGCGGGCUUGCCGGCCUGAGAUCGUUGAUAGUUCCUAUAUGGCCUUUCAGGGCCUGUGUACAUAGUUACAUAGACAGCACUACUGAUCAUCCGUCUUGGUGAGUGUGGUCUGCUGCAUGGACACGACAAGUGGCGAGGAUCAGUAAAUUCUCUGGUCUACCGACCAU